AUGACUACAGCCCAAAAGAAGGGACAGCAGGCACUCAAGGGUAAGGUGCAGUAUCAAUUCAAGAAUGGCCAGUGCAGCUACACCUUCUGGGUGCCCGAGCUUCAGCCCUGCAGCCCAGAAUCCCCCACCUUGGGGCCUUCCUACAGCACCCAGAAAAACCAGUCCCUCACCAUACAGAUGAGGCUGUUGUUCACCCAUCAGAUGGAAAAGCUGGAGAACGCACUGAGGAACAGCACACAGAGGCUGGAGAAGCUGGAGGAGAAUAUCCAGACCAUCUUGAGGACGGAACUGCAGCAGGCCCAGCAAAACAUAGUCCAGAAGCACACAGGCUUCAUACUGGAGCUGGGCACCAGCCUCCUGGCCCAGACCACAGCCCAGACCCUCAAGCUGACCAACAUGGAGGCCCAGGUCCUGAACCAGACGUUGAACAUGGAAAAACAGAUGCUGGAGAUGAUGCAGACUACUGAGAAGCUGGGAAAGCAGAUGCAGGAGCAGAAUCACACACUGCACCAUCUGCACGGCCACAACAGACCACCACCCCUUCUCCUGCUUGGGGCCCAGCCCAUGAUCACCUCCUCUAGCAGACCUACUCCAGCCUGGCUCAUCUUCUCAUCCCUGCACCUCCUCACUCGGGACCCGCACACAGGAGAACAGGAGGCAGGGAGCCCACCCUGUCGUGCAGAUGAGCACGUGUUCCAGGACUGUGAAGACAUCUGCAGGUCUGGAGUCAAUCAGGAUGGCGUCUACACCAUCCGCAUACCCAACCUGAACAAGACCAAGAGGGUGUUCUGUGUGAUGGACACCGAUGGAGGAGCCUGGACUGUUAUCCAGCGCCGUGAGAAUGGCACAGUGAAUUUCCAGCGGAACUGGCAGGACUACAAGCAGGGCUUCGGCCACCCGGCUGGGGAGCACUGGCUGGGCAACGAGGCGGUGCACCAGCUCACCAGCAGCGCAAAGUACUCUCUGCGCUUGGAGAUGGAAGACUGGGACGGCAACACGAGCCAAGCCAACUUCAAGCAUUUCCAGCUGGGCAGCAAGGAGGAGUUUUACAAGAUUUUUGUGAAUGGGUACAGUGGUGAAAUGCCACAGCUGGGUAACGUGAUCCUGUGGAACAACACCUUUAGCACCCAUGAUGCAGACCAUGACAACUGCGGCUGCAAUUGUGCACAGAUUAUGUCUGGAGGGUGGUGGUUUGAUUCCUGUGGUGGCUCCAACCUCAAUGGCAUCUACUACCCAGCUGGCCAGCACUUGCACAAGAUCAACGGCAUCCGCUGGAACUUCUUCCGCGGCACCACGUACUCGCUUCGCGCCACCCGCAUGAUGAUGCGGCCCCUGCACAGCUAGCCAGUGCUGCGCAGAAGCUGGGCUGUGCAGGAGCUGGACUUUGACAUCCCAGCAUCCCAGAUUCAGCACAGAACACAGUGCCUGAGGCUCAUCCUGACACCCUGGGACAUCUGAGCCAGCCUUCCCUGCCCCAAGUCUAGAAGAGUCACCUGCCUCCCUGCUCCCCUGGACAUGUGAUAUCAUGGGGAUGGUGUCCCUUUCUCCAUACUACAUACCCCUCAUUCUU